UCCUUGGCGACUGGCUCUCCAACGAACGAUCUCAAAACGAACCCCCGUCGCCCUCUCCAUCUCCUCGAGCGCCGCUUGCCGAGAGCUCUUCCUACCCACAGAGAUCAGCGAUAACGUUCACCUCGCCCAGACUUCUCUCGCUUGUCCUUCCGCGCUCAUCUUGACAUCCAGGCCGCUCUGCACACAGUUGACGCGCGGCUCCCCGCUCAAACACCGUGUCCCCAACCCCGCCUCCUGGGCAUCGCCUUCUCUUCUCUCUCACCCGUCACCUUUUAUCCGACGCUCAUACAACAUGAGCGCCGGGUCUCGAACAUGGUCCGCGGGGCCAUUGCGGCAAGCGACGCAUCUCCUUGUCGCGCUCCUUGCAUCGGCGUUGUGUGUCACAGCAAUCCGAUAUAACGAGACGCUCGACCCGUGGAAUAUCAACAAGGCACAAUCUGCGGAAGACGUCCUGUCCUAUUCCACUCCAUUGAGGUCAGAUCCCUACUUCCCAUCACCAACAAACUGGCGUACUUUGCCAACCUACACCCUUCUCUUGGACAAGUGGAUUGACGGAGACCCAGACAACAACGACUUCUUCCGGCUCAUCUACGAGUACGACUGGCGUGAGACUCAGCUUCGAGCCGGCGGCGAUGUCAUCGGCCUCAUGGAUGACCGUGGUCUCGACUACCUCCAGAGCAUGGGCUACGAGGCGAUUUACAUUGCCGGCACCAACUACCUUAACAUGCCUUGGCAGGCGGACGGUUACUCGGCUAUUGACUUCACACUGCUGGACCCGCACUUUGGCAACCUCACCGACUGGAAGCUCUUCAUCGACCGCCUGCACGCCCGUGGAAUGUACAUCAUCUUUGAUUUGACAGUCGGAACUAUGGGCGACAUGAUCGGUUUCGAAGGUCAUCUCAACUCGUCUACCCCUUUCUCUGAGAGCGAGUACAACGCUGUCUGGAAGCGCCCCAACUAUGGGCCAUGGGGAAUCAACUACUACCCAGACUUCAACUUUACGAACGAGUAUAACGAGUCCUGUGUGUACCCUACUUUCUUCGACUCGGCGGGUAACAUCAUCGACCCUGGACUCACUGGGUGCAUGAACAGUCCCUUCGACCAGUACGGAGAUGUUGAGGCUUUCGGUACCCACCCCGAUUGGAAACGUCAGCUUGCCAAGUUCGCUUCCGUCCAGGACCGUCUCCGCGAGUGGAACCCUCACGUACUCGACAGACUCAAGCACUUCUCCUGCCUUUGUGUGCAGGCCCUAGACAUUGACGGUAUUCGUAUCGACAAGGCCACACAGGUUACAGUCGACGCUCUCGCCGAGUGGGGCCGCUACACCCGCCAAUGUGCCAAGGAGCUGGGUAAAGACAACUUCUUUAUUCCCGGCGAAGUCACUGGUGGUGACACGUUCGGUUCCAUCUACUACGGUCGUGGCCGCACACCCGGCAUGCGGACAACGUAUAUGGAGGCGCUCAACUUGACCAACGCGGAUACGUCCAAGUUCCUCCGCGAGGAAGGCCACGCCCCUCUUGACUCGGCUGCGUUCCAUUUCUCGGUGUAUCGCGCGCUUGCGCGUUACCUCGGUUUGGACGGCUACCUCACGGUUGUUCCCGACGUUGAUGUCAACUUUGUCAAUUCGUGGAACCAGAUGCUCGUCAACAAUGACUUCAUCAACCCUCAGACUGGCGAGUUCGACCCCCGUCAUCAGUACGGUACUACCAACCAGGACGUGUUCCGUUGGCCGAUGAUGUCUAAUGGCACCCAGCGCCAGCUGGCCGGCAUGUUCGUCACGCAUCUCUUGAUGCCGGGCAUCCCCAUUUCAUGGUACGGUGAAGAGCAAGAAAUGUACAUCCUCGACUCUUCGGCCAACAACUACUUGUACGGCCGUCAGGCGAUGGUCGCCUCUCAGGCAUGGAAGCGUCACGGAUGCUACCGGCUCGGAGCCCAGCAGUACUACAACGUGUCCUACGACAAGGUCACUACUGGCUGCUACGACCCGCAGGUUGCCCUGGACCACUUCGACCCGACCGCUCCACUGCGCCGCUCAUCGCGCAACAUGAACUGGAUGCGCCGCACCUUCCCUGCCGUUCAGGAUGCCUUCAUGCUCUCCGCGCUUGCCAACUUCACGCGCUAUGACAAGUAUGCCAACUCCGAUCAGCGAACCGAGAUUGGUCUAUGGGCCGCGGAGCGUACCCCUUCGGAGAAGCAGCGUGCGGACGGUGGGCCCGGCGGUCCCUGGGCGAGCGACGGUCAAAUCUCACAAGUCGCUUACUACAUCUACACCAACGAGAACGUUUCCGUCUCGUACGACUUUGACUGUUCCAAUCCUCUGCGGUCGAUGAACACGUCGUUCCCAGGAGGCACCACGAUCAAGAACCUCAUUUAUCCCUACGACGAAAUCCUACUAUCCUCCUCUUCGGUCUCGUUCUACAACGAUGGUCAGCCGCCCUAUCGCGGUUGUAUCCCGAGGUUGGCUCUCCAGCCUUACGACUUCCGCGUUUACGUGCCCAUUGAGCGAUGGCGCUCGCCUCCACCUGCCCUCAGCGGCUUCUCCCCCGGUCACGACGCGCGUGUCGAGUACACGGGCGACAGUGUCGAGAUUGAGCUCCAGUACGACCAGCCUAUGGACUGCGCGGGCCUUCAGCAAGCCAUUCGGCUUACCUACGUCGGCCAGCCGGGCGCCACCCCGCGCAUCACCUGGCCGAGCGACGCGUGCCUGAGCAUCACUGGGGAAGCAUCUGACUACGUGUCUGUGACACCCUCGGCUUGGCGCAUGAAGGGUGUCAUCACUGGUGCUGGCGAGGGCAUGUACCGAAUUUCGAUCGGUAAUGCCUCAGCUCAGGCUGCGGGGUCAGGCAACGGCACGCUCGGCGGCGGGGUCACCGGCUACACCGACCACCUUCACUUCCGCUACGGCAAGGCUGACAACACCUUCGUUUUUGUCGACAGUGACUAUGACAACUCCAUCUUCUCGGCGUCUGAGGGCGUGUACACCCUUACCCACAAAGCCUGGGGCGCCGACCGCUACCGCUACUCUGCCAACUAUGGCAAGACCUGGACUGCGUGGACGCCGAUGGAGGCCUCCACCACCCUCAACGCCAGCUUGUUCGCGCAAGAGACCAUGUUCAAGGGAGCAGAUGAGGAGAAGCUAUGGGACGGUGACCACUUGAUGGUGCAAUACUGGUCCCAGCUUGCUGGCUCGGCCGGGCACGUCGUCCACGCCGACGCCAACUGGAACGGUGGUCAGCGUCGCUAUCCUCAGAUGCUCUUGCGUGGAGGCUUCAACAACUGGGGAUAUGACCUUGGCAUGCCCAACAAGUUCCAGCACACCGGCGACAGCGUGUGGGAAAUGCCGAUCAUGAGCGCCUGGCCUGCUGAGUAUCAGCUCAACAUCUGGGCAUUCGACGACUACUUCUACGGUGACGCUGACGGAAACGGUGUCAUCGACCGUCUUCCGCCCAGCUCGCUCACUCCCAACUUCCUGAACGUGUCGCUUCCCCCUCGCCCUCACCUCGCCUGGCAGCUCCAGAUUAACGACAAGACCGGCCGCUGGGGCGUUGUUCCCAUCGGUCACGAGGCGUCUUCUAUUAUCGCAUUUGUCCUGCUCAUGAUCAUUCCGGUCAUGACUGCUCUCGUUGCGGCGGGUGUCUUCCGCUACUCGUUCUACGCGAUCAAGAUCAACAAGUGGGGUGUCAAGCCGACCAAGGAGGGCUCGAACUACUUCCCCAUCGUUGGCGGUGCCCAUAACGGCGAGAAGAAGGACGGCUCGCACCUUGGAGUCUCUGAGAAGAAGGUGACGCACCAUGAGAAGAUCAAGCCUCUUGAGCGCGUUAUCGGCUGGCCCGAGGACUCUAACAAGCGCCGCAAGGUCCUUAUCGCCACCCUCGAGUACGAGAUCAUGGACUGGAAGCUCAAGGUGAAGAUUGGUGGUCUCGGUGUCAUGUCGUCCCUCAUGGGCAAGGCCAUGAACGAUGUCGACUUGAUCUGGGUUGUGCCCAAGGUCCAAGACAUCGACUACCCUCAAGGCGACUUUGCCGAGCCCAUCGAGGUCAUCAUCUUCGGCGAGCCAUACCUCAUCGAGGUCGAGACUCACUGCGUCGACAACAUCACGUACGUCAUCCUCGAUUCGCCUGUCUUCCGUGCCCAGACCAAGUCCGACCCGUACCCUCAGCGCAUGGACGACUUGUCGUCGGCCAUCUUCUACUCGACUUGGAACCAGGCAAUCGCCGAGACUCUGCGCCGCUUCGAGGAUGUGGACAUUUACCACAUCAACGACUACCACGGAGCUCUUGCGCCUCUCUACCUCCUUCCCAAGAUCAUGCCCGUCUGUCUUUCGCUUCACAACGCCGAGUUCCAAGGUCUGUGGCCUCUUCGUACGAAGGAUGAGAUGAAGGAGGUCUGCGCGGCCUUCAACAUCUCUAAAGAUGUCUGCUCCAAGUACGUCCAGUUCGGCAACACUUUCAACCUUCUUCACGCCGCUGCCUCGUUCAUUUCGCAGCACCAGAAGUCGGUCGGUGUCGCCGGUGUGUCGGACAAGUACGGCAAGCGGUCUUGGGCUCGUUACCCGGCUCUCUGGACUCUGCGCAACAUUGACUCGCUUCCCAACCCCGAUCCCACGGAUAUUGCCGCGCUCGAUGAGCAGCCCGUUGCCAUGGACAAGAUCCAGGUCGACCAGGAUGCCGAGGCCAAGCGUCCCGAGCACAAGCGUCAGGCGCAGGAGUGGGCUCACCUGAAGCAGGACCCCAAAGCCGAUCUUUUCGUCUUCGUUGGUCGUUGGUCCAAGCAGAAGGGUGUCGACCUUAUCGCCGACGUCAUGCCCUCGCUGCUGGAGAAGCGUCAGAACAUUCAGAUCAUCUGUGUUGGACCCGUUAUCGACUUGUACGGCCGCUUUGCCGCCGAGAAGCUCGCUCGUCUCAUGGAGAUGUACCCCGACCGCGUUUUCUCCAAGCCCGAGUUCACCCAGCUCCCGCCUUUCCUCUUCUCGGGCGCUGACUUCGCGCUCAUCCCCUCGCGUGACGAGCCGUUCGGCCUUGUUGCUGUCGAAUUCGGCCGUAAGGGUGCCCUCGGUGUCGGCUCUCGUCUUGGUGGUCUCGGCCUCAUGCCCGGUUGGUGGUUCCCCGUCGAGUCGCCGGCCGCCGAGCACAUGCUCUCGCAGCUCACCAAGACCAUCAAGCUUGCCCUUAAGUCUACCCAGGAGGAGCGCGCCAUCCUGCGAGCCCGUUCGGCCGUCCAGCGUUUCCCUGUCGUCGAGUGGCGCCAGCGCCUCGAGGACUUCCAGAAGCGAUCGAUCACCAUGUCCCGUUCGCUCGCUGGCGAGCACGCCUGGGGCUGGGAGUACGCAGACCCCAGCGGCAACGGCCCCGUGCGCUCUUCGAUGCUCCCGUCGCGCGACAGUAUGGUGUCGCUUCAGCAGUAUACUCGUCCCGGCUCCCCCGACUCGCAGCUCUCAGUACCAUCCAUGGACCCCCGCAGGAUGUCGGACAACGGCGAGCCGCUGCCUGCUGGAGCAGCCCCGGCCGGCGACCGCGCCAGCUUGGGUGUCGACUACCACCGCCGCUUCGAGAAGCACCAGUCGGCCGACUCCAUCUACGAUGAGGAUCCACCAGAGCACCGCGGGCGCCCCAAGUUCUUCACAGGCUACGACGAUGACUCCGAGAGCCACAUCUCGUCCGAGCGGGACACCACCAUUGUGGCACCGCACGCUAUGGCUGAUGGCGGGACAGGGCACGUGUACGACAACUUCCUUGCGGCUGCGAACAGGCAGUUCGCCAAGACCCAGGGCAACAAGAACGUCCCCGACCCGUUCAUGGAGCGCCGCAUGAGCUCUCUGAGCAUCGACUCGUCCAACUUUGCCCCUCCUCGUCCGUUCUCUAUCCACUCGCGCGUCUCGUCCUUCGACUCGAUCGGCUCGCUCGCCGACGAAAAGCACUCGUCAACGCUCAACAAGGCUAUGGACACAUUCACUGACGCCGACGGCGAGGUCGCUCAAGCGUUCGUUCAGAAGCUGCGCAACCUCUCGUCUGGAAACUCGAAGGGUGACCUGUGUAUCGAGAAGUUCCUCAUGAAGAGCGAAAAGCAGUUCUUCAGCGACAUGAAGAAGGAGAAGCUGUCGGCAAUGAGCAUCCGCUCGCGCGACUCGAUCAUGGCCGGUCGCACGCCGUCGACCCUUGACGGUUUCCGCGCAGAAUCGCCAAUGCAGUACUCGAUGUCGGGCCACAGCCACCCCGAGGACCACUUCCACGAGUCGAUGAUGUUUGACAACGGCGACGACGAGAAGCCCAUGACGCGAAUCCAGGUGCUUAUGGAAAGACAAAUCGCCGGUUGGCCCCUGUACGCCAUUGUCAUCUCCCUCGGCCAGCUACUGUCGGCCACGUCGUUCCAGCUGUCGCUCCUGGGCGGUGCCAACACGCAGACGGCAACCGACAUGUACAUCAUCUGCGCGAUCUUCGUUGUCGCCACGCUCCUCUGGUACACGCUCUUCCGCAUGCGGCCUUCCGUUUACGUUCUCUCGAUCCCCUGGGCUAUCUUUGGUGUCGCCUUCCUCCUUAUCGGCUUCCCGUCGCUCUACGGUCCCUUCACUGCCCCCCGCAAGUGGAUUGUUCGUGUGGCCACCUGGUGCUAUGCUGUCGCUUCCGGUGCCGGCUUCCUCUUCUUCGGUCUCAACUUCGGAGAGGAGGCAGGCGCGGCUGCUGAGGUGUGGAUCAUGCGCGCGUGCAUCGUCCAGGGUCUGCAGCAGAUCUGGGUCUCGGCACUGUGGUACUGGGGUUUCACGCUCAACGGCACCAACCCCCUCACGUUUGUCGUGCCCCGCGCCAUCAUUUACGUGGUUUGGCCACUGGCAGUUAUGUCGAUGGCGUUCGCCGUGUUGAUGUACUUCGGUCUGCCCGAGUACUACCACCAGAUUCCGCCGUACGUGCCCAACUUCUUCAAGACAUUGGUGCGCCGCAAGCUCGUCAUCUGGUUCAUGAUCUCGGAAGUCCUGCGCAACUACUGGCUCUCGACCGUCUACGGCCGCAACUGGCAGUUCCUGUGGCGCGACGCACGUGUCCCCACUUGGUCGGUCGUUGUCAUGAUCAUUAUCUUCUUCAUCGGCAUCUGGGGCCUGAUCAUGGGCAUUAUCAUGAAGUACGCUAAGAUCCACGCAUGGCUUCUUCCCGUCUUCGCCGUUGGCCUCGGAGCGCCGCGCUGGUGCCAGAUGUUCUGGGGCAUCUCGGGCCUUGGGCUAUACGUGUCAUGGGGCGGUCCGGCAGGUCCAUACAUCGGCACAUGCCUGUGGCUGUGGCUCGGCGUUCUGGACGCAGUCCAGGGUGUCGGUCUCGGCAUGAUCCUCCUUCAGACACUGUCACGUCUGCACGUGUGCGCAACCCUCGCCGCAGCGCAAUUUGUCGGCUCGAUCGUCGUCAUGAUUGCGCGCGCGACGGCGCCCAACAAGGAGGGUCCCGGCAACGUGUUCCCGAACGCGGCCUUCUACGACCCGGCCACGGGCGCCAACAACCCGGUCAAGCACUGGGAGUUCUGGCUCUGCCUGUGCUGCCAAUUGGUCAUUCCCUUUGGCUACUUCUUCUUCUUCCGCAAGGAGCAGCUCACCAAGCCCUAGAGCGUUCGAUAUAGAGAGAGGCGAGGAGAGGAGAGGCGAGACGAGGCAAGGCGAAGACGAGGACGAAAGAGACGAACUGCACUCCCAUUACCCCCCAUCAUUACUCCACGACAUCACGGACCUUGUU